UGUAUAGGCUAAAUGCUUGAUUAGUUGGGAACUGAACUGUUCAUCUGUUAAAUGCAAAAAUGAAGGUUAUUUGCGCUGGAGUACCAAAAACAGGCACUACAUCCAUGGCACAAGCCCUACGCAUCCUAGGGUAUAAAACAUAUGACUUCCCUGAGCAAACAAGCUUCUUCAUAGAUGAGUGGGAUGACUUGUUUACGCGUGGAAAAAUGCCUGACUUUCAAGCCAUGUUUAAAGAUGUUGAUGCUGUGACUGAUACGCCAGCAUCGUUUGUGUUUGAAGAGCUUUUUGAAAGUUUUCCCGAUGCUAAAGUGAUUCUAUUGGUUCGUGACAAUGAACGAGUAUGGGCUAAAAGCUAUAGCGAACACUUAAAACUGGUUUAUUGGUGGACAACGAUUUACUUUCGUCUUCCUAACAGGAAAAUGUGGCGAGUAAUGACAUCGCUCAUUGAUUUUUUGGGAAGCCCUAAUCCUAGUUCGUCGUUCGUCCACAUCAAGCAGUACAAGUGGUACAACCAACGUGUUCAGCAACUCACCCCGAAAGACAAGCUGCUGGUUUUUAAUGUCAAGCAAGGUUGGAAGCCCUUGUGUGAGUUUCUUGGUCGAAAGGUUCCAGAUGAGCAGUUUCCUCGUGUUAAUGUUGGAGGUCAAGAUUUAAAGAAUCAUUUGAAUAAUACCUUGAAGAAAAUUCUGGUUAUUAUCGCUUUCUUUGUAUUGGUUGUUGCUAUAUUUGUAUUUUUUAUUAAGGCCUAGAAUAUAAAUGCUCGUCCAAAUAUUGAUUUAUUUUGUACUCGAAAAAAGAAAUGUCAUAGUUUACCAUAGCGACUUUUCGGUUAUACCUGUCACUUUCCUGCGUGACAUUAAUGAUGCAAAUAAGUAAUAACAAACAACUUUGUGUAGCUAGCAUAACAUACUAGUCUAUGUUAAAAUGGAAUUUAGUAUGUUGUAUAGCUCUCAUCGUUAACCAGCCGACAAUUUUGAACAACAACCAAAAAAAAUAAAAAGCACGAACAAAAAUUGAGCUAAGUGGGGAGUGCGAAAUCGGUUAGAUUCCAUGUUGGGAGUUUUGAGACUCGGUUGUAAAUMAGCUUUAACAGUUUUGACUUCUAAAGUCUUGAUAACUGAUUAAAAGGACUUUUUGACUAAAGUUUAA